CCUGAAACGAAGUGCUUUUUCCUCACCAAUCAUCACAACGUCUAUAGAAGCUCCAUCAAUCGUUCUCUGGGUUUUCUCUAAAAGAUGCCUCCAGAGGAUGCGAAACUCGCGAAGAAAGAAGAGGUAGUAAAAAAAGCACCAGCAGGAGAAGAAGAAGAUGAGAAAAAGAGCUUGAGUGCCAUGCUCCAAGCCCGGAAAAAGAACCCAACAAAUGCUGGUACUUUAACCACAAAAUCUGGGUCCAAAGCUACCAAAGUCAAGAAAGAAGAGCCUCAAGAUGAUGAUUUUGAUGAACCCAUUAAAGGUAAGGGCAAGGGCUCUUCGGGUUCUAGCUCUAAACCAGCAGCUAAAGUCAAGAAAGAAGAACCUAAUAGUGAUGAUGAUGAUGAUGAUGAUAAACCCAUCUUCAAAAAGAUCCCUGCUUCCAAAACUGACAAGAUAAAGGAGCUGAACAAGAAGAAAGUUAAAAAAGAGGAAGAUAAUAAGAAGACAAAGGUGUAUGUGGCAGCUGUGCAGAUUGUGAAGAAGAGGGAGAGAAAAGUUUAUGAUUUUCCUGGACAGAAGAGAGAUCCUCCUGAGGAGAGAGACCCAUUGAGGAUAUUUUAUGAGACACUGUAUGAGCAGAUUCCCGAAAGUGAAAUGGCACAAUUCUGGUUGAUGGAAUCUGGUUUGCUACCUUUGGAGAUGGCCAAGAAAGUUCAUGAGAAGAAACAGAAAAAGAACAAGUUCACUUCGCCAGUGAAAACAAUUACUGUCACAAAGAAGACUCAGUCCACAACUGUUACAAAAAAGACACCAUCUUCUACAGUAUCUUCAACGAAAACAAAGACAACAGACUCCAAAGUUGUAUCUUCAACAAAAACGAAGGCGACAGACUCCAAAGUUGCAUCAAAACAGCCUAAGAAGCGCAAGGCUGGAGAUGAAAGCUCCGAAGAUGAUUCUGAUGAGGACUUCUUAAUUACUAGGAAAAACGCAAAGAAACAGAAAACAUCUUAGACCAACCAACAUUUUCUCAUUUUAACUCUCUCAGGGACCGUUUAUUGUUUUGACUAGUUUGUGGUUGCCAGAGCUGGAUUUUCAGUGAUUAUUUAUGUCCCCAUGAUUUUAUUAAACAUUGGAUAGCAAUCCAGGAUUUUAAGAGAAGGUACCAUGGGGUCAUUUUCAGUUCAA